AUGGCUGAACCCAGUGCCGCUACUGCGGAAGAUGAUCUGUUUGCCCAAAUGGAUCUUGAUUCAGAGGCAGAAACAAAAACCGAAGAGGAUCCUGAAUCCAUUUUUAUGACUGUGAUUGAUCCUUUGGUUGAUGAUUUUGUUGAGAAUUUCAGGGAAGAUGAGCUCGAGCAAGUUAUUCUCAGUGUGCUAAAUGAUGAGGAUGCCAAAACAGAGGAGAAUGAUGCUAUUCGAGAGAUUAUCAUGCAGUUGUACUCCACGGACGAAAUUCCAAUUCGGCACCUAUCGAGCAGGAUGCCCAAAUCUACCAGCACAGAACCGACUGUUGUGAAGCCAUCGGAGCUAGACUUGAAAGAGGUAGGGUUUGGAUGUCAGUUUGAAGAUUCUGGAGAAUUUGGGGUCAAAUUGGACACUAUGCUAAGUGUGGUGGAGUCAACUGCAAUUCUGGAAAUUGAUGGAGGUUUUGACCUACUCCAAAUUCCCGCCAUCGUUUCCCUCUCAAUUCCACCUCCUCCAAAAACCACUCCAGCCAUCUCCACUCGCAUAUCUCCGCCUGAAACACCACCACCGUCGCGACCCACUCCAGAACCGCCGCCGCAACCACACACCUCCAGCCUUCAUCUCCAACCUGCACCCGCCGCUGCUCUCCAAUUCCACAAUCCAACACCUCCCUGUUCCGGCCAUCAUAUCUUUUCGUCUGCAUCUGGAAAUCACCACCGCCAACCUCUAUUACCGCCCUCCAUCUCCACUCGCAUCUCUCCGCCUGAAACACCGCCGCCGCCGCGACCCCCUCCAGAACCGCCGCCCUCUGCCGGCAUCUCUACAAGGCAGCGUGCACGGUGA